AUGGGUCAGCGAAUUUCUUGUCUGAAUAUAGCGACAGAGUCGGAGUGUGUGUACAGUUUACAUCCUAGUACACCACUUCAGUUAAAUAAUGACACGCCUCCUCAAGAAAACCAUCAGCUUGAUGAGAGCCGUGUCGUUCCUUGUGAGGAAGAUGGAGGGAGUUUGGUAAAGGAGAAAAAGAAAGAGAAGAAAAAAACGAGUUUUUGGAGAAAGCUGUUCCGCUUUUCACGCCAAAGAACUGGAAGGGGUAAAAAGGUGGAGCAGGUGGACAGUGAGAAGGUGAAGCCAGUCACCGAAGCAGAACCUUCUACUGAUGAUCAAACCUCAGUAGGAAACAUCCCAAACCCUGUUGAGCAUCAUGACAACCAGCAAGCUCCUAACAGCCUUGAGGUUCCUUCCUCCAUCAUUGACCUGCAAAUACAGGAACAGUGUGAGAAUGUGGAGCUGGAGGAAGAAACGUCUACUGAUGAUCCAACUUCAGUGGAGACCAUAUCUUCUGUAGAGAGUUAUGGUCCUCAGAACACUCCCAACAGUAGUUUUGAGAUUCCUCUCUUCGCUGUUGACGAGCAAAUCCAGGAGUUUCCAGAUGAUCUGUCAGAGGAAGAAACUGUGUGUCCUCUGGCAGAAAACCCAAGCCAAGACAUGGUCUUGAUUAUUGGGAGCAUGUGCUGGACCUACAACAUGGGUGAGCUACUGGGAGAAGGAGGAUUUGGUGCCGUAUAUGCUGGUGUCCGUGCCCAUGAUGGUCUUCCGGUGGCAAUCAAGUUUGCCAAAAAAAUGGAGGGCAUGGAAUAUCUCUACGUUCCUGGCCUUCCAGAACUUGUACCACUUGAAAUCGGCCUCACACUUAUGGCAAACAAGGGUCCCAGCUCACCCAACAUAAUCGAGCUGCUGGAUUGGCAGGACUUUCCAGACCAUUAUAUAAUGGUCCUGCAGCGCCCUUCACCAUGCCUGAGUGUGUUCAAGCUUUUGGAGAGCUGUGGCAACAUCUUUGAAGAAAGGUUUGCUCGGUAUGUGAUGCGCCAGGUUAUCGAGGCAGCUGAGACCUGCUGCCGGCGCGGAGUAUUCCACAGAGAUAUAAAGUUGGAGAACUUGAUCAUCAACACACAAACCAUGGAUGUCACCUUGAUUGACUUCGGCUGUGGGAACCUGUUCCACGAAACAGAGUACCACACUUUUAGUGGCACAGAGAUGUACUGCCCUCCAGAGUUUUUCGAAACGGGCAAAUACUUUGCACGGCCAGCAACCGUGUAUUCGCUUGGAGUGCUGCUAUACACUAUGGUGUGCGGAUAUAUGCCAGACUACACGGAUCGGGAAAAGAUGCAGCACUGGCUCUGGUAUCUGCCGUCUUUGUCUUGUGAAUGCAGUCAUCUCAUAAAUGCCUGUCUGCAUCCCGAUCCCAGCGAGAGGAUACAACUGGAGCAGAUUCUCCUCCACGACUGGUUUACGAUCUCACCAUCAGACAUGGAGGAUGAGCGCCCGGUCCUGGUCAUGCAGGAAGAGCUUAUUAGCCAGGCAUGCUAA